GGGGCACGAGGGAAGGAAAGGGGCGGAGCCUCGUGUCCAAGCUGUCAGGCGCUCGGCUUCUCGGCUCCGUGAGCUUCCCGGUCCGUGUGGCAUCAUGACGGCGCACAGCUUCGCGCUGCCGGUGAUCCUCUUCUCCAUCUUCUGGGGCCUCGUGGGCUUCGCGGGGCCGUGGCUCGUGCCGAAGGGGCCCAACCGCGGAGUGAUUAUUACCAUGUUGGUGACCACAGCUGUUUGCUGCUACCUCUUCUGGCUUAUAGCAAUUCUGGCCCAACUUAACCCACUGUUUGGGCCCCAGCUGAAGAAUGAGACCAUCUGGUAUGUGCGCUUCUUGUGGGAGUGACUUGGAUGGCUAUAGAUGCAACAGAGUUGGAAAAUACUGCAAGGGCAUCCAGUCUAACCCAUUUUUGCCAUGCAGGAACACACAAUCAAAACACUCCUGACAGACAGACAUCCAGCCUCAGCUUAAAAACCUCCAAAUAAAAAGACUCCUUCCUAAAAGGGUUGCAGGCUUUGCUGGUGGAAGAAUGCCCAGUGAAAUCAGACCAGGUGGCCGAUUCUCACCACAAUUAUCAGGAAUUCCCUCCCCUCCAAUUGCUGGAAAUUGCAACCAUCUCAAGCCUCCACUAGUAAUUUCUUUUGUAUAUGAUUCUUACUGUAUUGUAUAUGUCUGUUUUGGUAUGCAGCUUUCCCUUUACUCUAUGUUCUUGAGGUUGUGGGAGGGGCUACAGACUACAUGAUCAGAUCUGAAACUGCUGAGAGCUGAAACUCCAUUUUAGAACACAGAAUGCUUUAGCCAUGAGACUGCUUGGAACUGAGACUCCAUUAGAGCACAGGCAGAGAGAUGCUAUUUAGACUAUGGAUUGUUAAGAGCAAAUUCAUGUUGCUGUUGAUUAUCAGAAAGAUGCCCUGUGUUAUCUGCACAGAGAAAACACUUCAAAUCUAUCUGUAACUGGAUCGACAAGUUAUGUACCUGUAUGCUGAAUACAUGAAGGUUGUGAGGAAACCAGAUAUAUUACUUUCAAUAAAGUACUUUAUUUUUGUCUCUUGA